GCUUUUCUCGCGCCUCUACUAUGGCGAUCGUGCUCCCCCGGUAUAAAACCUGGCUCUUCAGGAUGUCAUCUCCAGCAAAUCGCAGCAUCUCCAGCGCCUUCAGCGACUCUCUACGGCCCCCAUAACCUCCCCAACUCCUCGCAAUGCCCGUCCAGCAGUCCACCGCUAGCGCCGCGCGCGCCCUGUUGCGGCGAUGCAGGCCGUAUGGAGCCCCGCUCGACAACAAUGGCAAGCCCAAGGUCGCGCGCCCACCUAACGCGUUCAUCCUAUUCCGCUCCGACUACAUCGCGAAGCAUGAGGGAGACAAGCACCAGCGCAGUCUCAGCCAGGCGGCGGGGGCGACGUGGAACCUCCUGAGCGACGCGGAGAAGCUCCCGUACCAGCGCAAGGCGCAGGAGAUCGCGGAGCGGUUCAAGAGGGAGAACCCCGAUUAUGAGUGGAAUACGCCCAAGGCGCCCUCCUCCAAGUCCCCUCGCUCCCGCGCCAAGAAGUCCUCCCCCUCCUUCUCCGCUGCAUCCAGCUCAAAGACGCCUCGUACCAAGUCCGGCCGCCGUGCAGCGAGCGGUGCGGCGGCGCCAGCCUCGCCGAUCACCAACUCGGACGCGUCGACCAUCGACUGGAGCGAGGUGGAACUCUUCAGCGUCCCCUCCCCUUCCCCCUCCUCCUGGAGCACCACCUCCGUCACUUCGAGCUCCUGGGAGUCUAGCGCGCCCUCCCCAAUCGUCACCUUCACCGAGGAUGACUUCACGCUGCCGGCUGCGCUCACUGUAGAUGAGCCCGCGCCUAUCCCGGAGGAGCCAGCCUUCUACCAGACCGAGCCCACCUUCAGCCCAAACGACCCCUACUUCUGCACUCAGGCCUACCCUUACCCCACCGGCGACCCGAGCAGUCCAGAGUUCAACGAGCAAUUCCUGCAAUUUGCUAUCCUGCCGUACAAGCAAGACAUCGUCUACAACAGCUGCCUCUCGGACGGAAGCUCGUGGUAGAUCAGGACACGCACCCAAGUUCCCCCUUGAUGAUCUUGUUCCCAACUUCCCGUUGUACUACACCUCCCCUUCACGACUUUUCACGACAUUUAUGCCUGCCCCGCGAAUCCAUUGUAUUAUGCCUUCCCCGCUUCGUUGUAUCAUAGCUCUUGUAUCCUCGUUCCCGGCAAUAUCACUCGUCUAUUCAUCCUCUUCCGGCUCGCAAAGGGCAACCCUUUCUGGGUUAUGAUGAGAUCGCACCGCAACUUCAGACAAAGCAAGGCGAUCUUGCUCGCUUGCCUCGUCUUCACAUCAUCGUCUUGCUU